AUCCGCGCGACUCCAAAAAAGUCGACGACCGUCCCCCAGUGCGAGAACCCUCGCCUCCCCGACCCGUCCCUGUCGUCGCCAAGCACGCAACACGUCGCCCGCGCCCACCGACCGACCAUGUUUGGCCCGUUCCGCAUCACGAACCCGCUCUCGGGCGGCCUGCUGUGGAAGAUCCCCUGGCGGCUGUCCCGGUUCCAGAAGCGGCGGCACCGCCUGCGCCUGCGGGCCGUCGACGACGUCGUCGCGACGGUCGACGCCGCGCUCGCCAAGAAGGGGCAGACGCUCGAGGCGCUGGAGCGGUGGAAGGCCGAGAUGCCGACCGAGGCGGAGAUGCUGCCGCGGGACAAGUACACCAUGUUUGACCGCAAGGCCAAGAAGUAUCGCAAGGGCAUCCACAAACUGCCAAAGUGGACGAGAGUUUCGCAGAGAGUCAAUCCGCCGGGUUAUUAGUGGACAGACAGAUGGAUGACGGGGGAGUUUUACGACCUGGGCGACGACAGUUUUCCAUUGAGCGAAUGGUGAGGCAAAGGAUGCAACGGCCUCGGCUGUACAACAAUUGAUGGAGGCCGCUAUGGGAGAGCAACAAGGUAUUUGAGUCCUGGGCUAUAUGAUGGACAAGGGAGCGACUGUAAGACUAGACUCUGGCGCAAAGGCCGGCACAUUCCGCAUCGAACUAUAAUUUCAACAUGGAC